AUGGCAACCACUUCUCUGAAACCAGCGCCAGGAGCGAUGUCAGCAGUUCGGAUUCGUGAGUCUAUUAGGGCAUGCCUCUCUGAUGCUCAGUCAGACUAUGAUGAGGUUCAGCAGAAAGCUCUUCAGACCUUAGCUUCCAUCACCAAGGUGAGUCCCCAAAACAGAAACCUGCUUGCACAAACGGAAGGAGCCAUCCCUGUCUUACUUGCCCUCUCAAAAUCUCCAUCCAGCAUCAUUCAGAUUUUCGCAUUGUCCAUCCUCUUCAACCUUUCCUUGAAUCUUGAUCUAAAGCUAUCGCUCGCAGAUAUAGAAACCAUUUACCACCUCAAUACCAUUAUCUCUAACCCGACAGAAUCUGGCAAGUUAGCUUCCUCUUUGGUCUGCAGUUUAGCUAUGCUUGACAAGAACAAAGCCAAGUUUGGUGUAGCAGGCACAAUCCAAUUACUUGUCAAGGCCAUUUCAGGUCCCCGUGGUCCUGCUGCUCAUCACGUCCUUAGCUCCCUAGCAGAGCUUGUUCGGUUCCAUGGGAACUGCACUGUGGCAGUGAGAGAAGGAGCUGUGCCGGUGCUUCUCCAAGUGGUGGAAAGUAGUCAAAGUACUGAUGAUGAGGACCUAGCCGGAACAUCUCUUCAGGUCCUAGGCCUUCUUGCAAGAUUUGAUGAAGGGCUGAGUGCUUUGAGCAAAACUGAUCAGAUUGUGAGUUCAAUGGUACAAGUGUUGAAAGGGAAGUGCAUGUUGAGCAAGGAAGGUGCAGCUGAACUUCUGCUUCUCCUCUUUGACGAGAGCGAGGGCUGUGUCAGAGAUGCUCUGAGGCUUCAUGACUUCUCCAGUUUGGUAGCUGAUAUUUCAGUCAGAGGAUCAGCUAGAGCCAGAGAGAAGGCUGCUUUGCUGAUGAAGAAGAUGAUGGAUGCUGACAUGGAUUCUUAUGUGGAUGGAAACCCCAUGUUUUCCCAGUGGUAA